AUGGGAAAGGGUGAAAAAGGACUUCAAGUCACAAGUCGUCCACACAAUGUGGAGGGUGAAACCCCUGAACAGCCGAUAGUGGCUGAGGAAGAAGACGAGGAUGAUGAUGUGAAUGUUCCCGGUGGUGGGUUACCGGUGUUGAAGUGGACAAAAGGUAGUUUUAAAACCCUGAUGGCCACUGUUCAGAUGGCCAAAGACUGGAAUGCUACUUUCCCACAAGUGGGGGACACCGGUGCCAAUGCUCCGGCCGGUUAUAUAACCUUGUGGGCGGAUUUUUUCACCCACGGUAACCUUAGGUUGCCGGUGACGGUGUUUGUGGCGGAGGUAUUGGAGUAUUAUCACCUCCAUAUCUCCCAGCUUAGUCCUUUCGGAAUGUUCCGAAUUCGGAAUUUUGAGUACACAUUCCGUGCCCAUGGCCUGCCCAUUUCAGUGGAGAAUUUCCGGCGUUUCUACCAGUUGACGGUGAACACCGGUUUUUUCUCGUUCACUCAAAGGCAUGGGAGUCUGAAGUUGAUGACACCCCCUAAGGGUGUGACAGGCUGGAAGAAGAGGUUCUUCUACGUGAAAGCCUGUGCGGUCUAUGCUAACAUGUCUUUCAGGAACGUCGAUGUUGGAGUUUCCGAUGAAGAUAUUCCUGUUGCUUCCGCAAAGACCGCGGACUGGUUCUCUAGGCUGCGGCCUAUUGAACUCAAGAAGUUGGAUAAUGACCAACUAUGGAUAUUGCGGAUGAUGCUCUCUAGACCGGAUAGGAAGGAAAGACCCGUGUUGCGGGAACAGGGUGGUGCGGAUGCGGUUGGCUUGUGGAGGAUGUUUGAGCCUGAUUUCAAGGGCCAGGUUGAACUGAUCGCGGUUGAGCUGAAGAAAGGUUUCAACCUUGAAAUUCUGAAGAACUUCCGCGUACCAUCAAAAGCGGUGCUGGAAGCCCCGGUUCCGGGGGACGCAAGAGGUACGUCUUACGUGGCAUUAGUUUUUUCAGUUUAUCUUUUUGACUGGUUCUGUUGAUUGUGUGAAUCCAGGUGUCCUUGCGGAUUUGGGGAAGUUUGAGAAACGCGUCCCCAAAAAGACUGUGGAGAAGA